CAAUAGUUGAUUUUUGAAUGUGGGAAGGCAUCAUGCUUGGGUCAUAGUGGACACAAGGCGAGAGCAACGGAAGGGAGGAAGAAGGCUCAGGGUCAUUUUUGUUUACAGGCAGUUUGCCCCUGUGUUCAGAGAUCACGGAACAGAAAUACUUUACUGAAUUAGCUGUAUAUGGUGGCUCAUGGAGAAGAGUGGUAAACAUCAGUGAAUUGUCAAAGAAUUGUAACUAUGCGGAGGAGCAAGGAUGACUCUAAAUCUCUCUGAUGGUUCAGCCUGGAGUCCGGCACCUAACAGGAAUUCGGGGUGUAUUUAAUGACUGACAGUAUCUAACAGGAUGAACAGGGAAGGAUCAUUACAAAUCACUGAGAAUCCACUGCAGGAAUGCAGAAACCGGAGGACUCCAUACACCUCUUUCCAGGUUUUCUGGAGGUCAGUGAAGCACGCACGUUCUAACCCGCGAUCCUGGUCUCUAGGGAAGCCCCAGACCUGCCAUUUCCGGGUUAAUCCCCACCCACCAGAGCACUUCCGGUCUCCACUGCUGGAAGCGGCAGAAAGGCAGCUAUGGAUACAAGGCUUUGCUGAGAGAUGUGGGCAUGGCCGCAGCCCUACAGAUCUUGCCCUGUCUCCUCCGAGCCCCAUCACGCCCCUUCCUCUGGGGCCCCCCAGUGGCCCGGAUGACCAGUGGCGUGGCCUUGGCAGAGCAGGCGCGGCAGCUGUUUGAGAGUGCCGUGGGCGCUGUGCAGCCGGGUCCCAUGCUGCAAAGGGCACUGUCCUUGGAUCCUAGCGGCAGACAGCUGAAGGUGCGGGACCGGAGCUUUCAGCUGCAUGAAAACCUCUACCUGGUGGGCUUCGGCAAGGCUGUGUUGGGCAUGGCAGCUGCAGCCGAGGAAGUACUGGGCCAGCACCUUGUGCAGGGUGUGAUCAGCGUUCCCAAGGGGAUCCGAGCUGCUAUGGAGCAGGCUGGAAAGCAAGAGAUGCUGCUGAAGCCGCACAGCCACAUCCAGGUGUUUGAGGGUGCAGAGGACAACCUGCCGGAUCGUGAUGCUCUGAGGGCUGCCCUGGCCAUCCAGCAGCUGGCAGAGGGGCUCACAGCCAACGACCUGCUGCUUGUGCUCAUCUCAGGUGGGGGCUCAGCCCUGCUGCCUGCUCCCAUCCCACCUGUCACACUGGAGGAGAAACAGACGCUCACCAAGCUGCUGGCAGCCCGCGGAGCCACAAUUCAGGAGCUGAACACCAUCCGGAAGGCCCUGUCCCAGCUGAAGGGUGGAGGGCUAGCUCAGGCUGCCUAUCCUGCUCAGGUGGUGAGCCUCGUCUUGUCAGAUGUGAUUGGGGACCCUUUGGAGGUGAUCGCCAGCGGCCCUACCGUGGCCAGUUCCCACAGCGUGCAGGAUUGCCUGCAUAUUCUCAAUCACUACGGCCUUCGGGCAGCUCUGCCACGUUCCGUGAAGACUGUGCUCUCUCGAGCUGACUCUGACCCCCACGGCCCACACACCUGUGGUCAUGUCCUCAAUGUGAUCAUCGGCUCGAAUUCUCUGGCUCUGGCUGAGGCUCAGAGGCAGGCCGAGGCCCUGGGCUACCAUGCCCUGGUGCUGAGCACCGCCAUUCAGGGCGAUGUAAGAAAUGUGGCCCGGUUCUAUGGAUUGCUAGCCCGGGUGGCUGCAGCCCGCCUCGCUCCAUCCACGGCUGGGCGUUCCUUGGAGGAGGAGGAGGCAAAACUCCAUCAGCUGGCAGCUGAGCUCCGGCUCCCAGACCUGCAGCUGGGGGAGGCUCUGGAAGCGGUGGCAAAGGCUAACGGCCCAGUCUGCCUCCUGGCUGGUGGUGAGCCCACGGUGCAGCUGCAGGGCUCUGGCAAGGGUGGCCGGAACCAAGAGCUGGCCCUGCAUGUGGGAACAGAGCUGGGAAGACAGCCACUGGGGCCCGUUGAUGUGCUCUUUUUGAGUGGAGGCACCGAUGGGCAGGAUGGGCCUACCAAGGUGGCUGGGGCCUGGGUCAUGUCUGACCUUGUCAGCCAGGCUUCUGCUGAAGGCCUGGACAUAGCCACCUUCCUUUCCCACAACGACUCGUACACCUUCUUUUGCCGCUUCCAGGGUGGAACACACUUGCUGCAGACAGGGUUGACAGGGACCAAUGUCAUGGAUGUUCACCUCCUGAUUUUUCGUCCUCAGUGACGGCCUAGCUCUUAUUUUGAGAGUAUACGGGUAAUUAUGGGCAGGAUCUCGUGGGAAGGGCACGGGCUUUCGCCAGGGCCUCACUGUGCUUUAGGAUCCCUGUCCCCUUAGCCUGGCUCCCUGUUGCUCCACCCACCUCCCACAGAUCGUCUCCAUAUCCAUUCCCCACUAGUCUAGAAGAGGAGGCCUCCUUUCCACCCCUACUUCCUGUCAUGUCAGCAGGUAGCCCUGAGGAAGCUCCUCGGCCAGUUCCCAGUCUUUAUUUUCUCCCCAGGAGCCCAUCUGCCCAAGUCCUCAGCCUGGUUCUUCCUCGGAGUGAAGUCAGGGAGCCUGAAAAUAAAAAGAAGGCUGUUGUGGGGGUCUCAGCUCACUGUCCUCAGUAUUUCUUUAGUGCAGGGCUUCGGGGAGCUGCUGGGGAGGGAGCAUGGUGCGCUCCUAGCGAUUUUGCCGGCAUCUCACAGAGUUUCUCACCCGCUUCUCUGCUGGGCAUACUCAGGGUCUGUUGAGGGAAUCUGGGAGGGUUGAAUACAGCUCCUAGCAGCCUCAAUGUGGGUGAGCAGGACAGGUUUAAGGAUCGUUACCUAUUCAACCAUGACUCCCUGGGGCAACCUGGCCAUGCUUUCCCCUCUCCUGCUGUAGCCUGGCUGGGUGGAAAUUUUCUGCUUGACACCAGGAUAGCCCUUCAGCAUCUGGACUAUUCUUCGCUUUCCUCCUUUAUCUUACCCGCUCUUUAUCAAGGGCUUUCCUCAGGCUGCAGGGCACUAGGCUUGUUCUCUCUUGCCAGUCCCAUUUUCCCAGGCUAAACAUGCCAUGCUCCGUACACGCCAUGUCCCACGUGUUCUGGGUACACAGUUGGGGGCCUGGUGCCAGCAUUCAGUACCUGUCUCCAGGACUAGAAUGGUGGGUCAGAGCAGCAAAGGAGUUCAGCCGUCUCU